GAGUGUUGUCAUUCAAGCCCGCACACUCGCUCCCCGGCCCCUGAGUUGUACUAGGCAGGCUGGACAGGUCGCCCUGUUAAACCAAGAGCCACAAGAGAUACUUCUGGACACGUUUUGACUCUAGUUUAGUCAAUGCAUCACUCGGAACAAACGAAGGGAAGACUCAACUCUGUUUAGGGCGCUGUUGUGGUUGUUGUUGUUGUUGUUGUUGUGGUUUUACUACACCGUUAUUAUUAUUUUUAUUUUUAUUUCUGAAGCGUAGGCCUGUUAUCCAGGCAAACGUCGAGGGGGUUAAAUUUGGACCAAGCCGUCUGCGUGGUUGUAUCGUGUUCUGCGUGGAUAAGAUGACAGCGGUGCGCCUCGUCUCCUCGGUGGUGCUGCUGGUGCUGAUGCAGUCCGGGGUGUUCUGCGCCCGGAGGUUCCGCGGCGGUCGCAACCCGCAACCACGGCGCGCGCCGCCCUCUCCCGCGUACCGGGACCGGGCAGACACCACGGAAAGCUUCCCUCUGGAUUUCACGGCGGUGGAGGAGAACAUGGACAACUUCAUGACCCAAGUGAAGAACCUCGCCCAGUCGCUGUACCCCUGCUCGGCGCAGAAGCUCGACUACGACAUGAAACUGCACUUGUUGGAGAAUACGUCCGUCACAUGCAACGACGGCAGUCCUUCUGGAUACUACCUGAAGGAAUCUCGAGGCAGCCGUCGCUGGUUGAUCUUCCUAGAAGGUGGAUGGUACUGUUUCAACAAAGAGAACUGUGACACUCGCUACGAGACCAUGAGGAGGCUGAUGAGCUCGUCCAAGUGGCCCCAGACCAAAACAGGUACGGGGAUUCUGUCUCCACUGCCUGAGGAAAACCCACACUGGUGGAACGCAAACAUGGUGUUCAUCCCCUACUGCUCCAGUGACGUCUGGAGCGGGGCUUCGCCCAAGACGGACCAGAACAGCUACGCCUUCAUGGGCUCCCUGAUCAUCCAGGAGGUGGUGAAGGACCUUCUGUCUAAAGGCCUGGACAACGCCAAGGUUCUCCUGCUAGCAGGCAGCAGUGCGGGGGGCACCGGGGUCCUGCUGAACGUGGACCGCGUGGCCGACCUCCUGGAGGGGCUGGGCCACGCCGCCGUCCAGGUGCGCGGCCUCUCCGACUCGGGCUGGUUCCUGGACAACAAGCAGUACCACUGCGCCGACUGCGUGGACAACGUCAGCUGCUCCCCCACCGAGACCAUCCGCAGAGGCAUCAAGUACUGGGGUAGCGUGGUCCCGGAGGAGUGCAGACUGACCCACGAAGGAGAGGAGUGGAACUGCUUCUUUGGAUACAGAGUCUUCCCAUCAAUAAAGAGCCCGGUCUUCGUGGUCCAGUGGCUGUUUGACGAGGCCCAGUUGACGGUGGACAACAUCCAGCUGACGGGACAGCCUGUGCAGGAAGGCCAGUGGCGUUACAUCCAGAACCUGGGCAUCGAGCUGAGGAACACCCUCAAGGACGUGCCAGCCAUGUUUGCGCCGGCCUGCUUAUCCCAUGAAGUUAUCACCAGAAACUACUGGAUAGACGUGCAGGUGAAGGGCACGUCCCUGCCCCGGGCCCUCCACUGCUGGGACCGCAGCCUCCACGACAGCAAUCGCAACAAUAAGGCCCCACCCAAGGGCUGCCCGAUGCACCUGAUCGACAGCUGCCCCUGGCCCCACUGCAACCCCACCUGCCCCACCAUCAGAGACCAGUUCACGGGGCAGGAGAUGAACGUCAUCCAGUUCCUCAUGCACAUGGGCUUCGACGUGCAGAAGAUGGCCCAGCAGCAGGGUAUGGACCCCGCCAAGCUACUGGGCAUGCUCAGUAGCGGCAGCUAAACGGACCGCUGUGGCGUCAGCGCCAAGCUACGAUAGAACAACAACAACAACAACAACAACAACAACGCAAGGCUGGUCUCUCGCUCGCUCUUUCUCUAUCUCUCUCUCUCUCUCUCUCUCUCUCUCGGCCCAGUCUUCCACAGCCGAUACCUCUGCUUUUACCCCCCCCCCAUCUCUCUACCACAACCCCCCCCCCAUCCCAGCUUGUUUAGCUAAUCCUUUAGCCCACACCUCAGUCCGAAAAACAAGGGCUAUGUUUCUAUGUUGUUUAUGUCUACCCUGGGUACAUAGAUACACUAUUUUAUCCUUUUAAGUACCUUUUUUUUAUUUCCACAACCCAGUGCUGGUGACCGGUUCCAAGGACAACAAGCCUACCACAAGGCUUGCUAACUCUCCUCUUAAUUUAUGUUUUGGUUAAAACGGAAAAUAAAUAUAUAUUUAUAUAUCUCAAAUGUAAUCCAGUUUUAAGGAUGCUCGUUGAUAUGCUUUUUUUUGGGGUCGGUUUUGAUUUAUUGACGUAUAUUUGAUCUUUUUUUUUUUUACACGGUAAGCUGCGACGGUGAUGUUUCGUGUUUUGUGUAGUCGCUCGGUUAAGUGUUGGUCAGGAAUCAGGAUAUGUGUUCUCGUUGUCUUCUACAGUUCGAUUCCAUUACCCAUCGCUCAUAAGCUGUUGGUACUUAAAGGAAAUAAUGCAAACAACGACAAACAGCGAUAAAUGAUUAGACCAGAUAAAAAAUGUAACAUUCAUUGACACCCGUACAAUUAAAAAAAAAAAGUAUUACUUUAUGAUAACAACUUUGAGCGAAAGGAUAGAGAAAA